CAUACUUAUGUUCAAGAGCAUAUAACGCUUUACUGAACGACCAUCACUUUGGAAUGAUUCAUUCGGUCGGUAUAAAAACAUGUGCGCAACUUGUCAGUCAUUUAAACUCAAAGCUUUUAACAACAUGUGGGUACAGAUGAUAAUCUCUCUAGCCUGUGCUUCGGAGAUUUUAGCACAAGGUUUAUCGAAUGUUAGCAUAUACCGCAAACGCUUGACCAAAGCACUAAACAAUAAGGACUAUUGAAAAAACGAGUGUGUGAUCCCAUCGGGUUCGCAGUUCAGCAGGGCUACUUACCGGCCGUAUCACGGGCGAACUUCCGGUAAGACCUUCUACAACGCCGGAGAGCGGAUGCGUGACGGCUUGUGGAUCCGGGUGGUAUGUAACAAGGACCGACAAGGAGAUGCUGUUUUAAACGUCAGCAAUCAUGUAUGCAGCGCCGGAAAUUGGACUCCAGCACUUCCGGUUUGCCAAGCAUAUGCACGGUGUGGAGCGCCCCCUAGGGUUGAGAAUGCAACAGCGUCCGAGAGAAUCACGCCUUACAUAACCUUUCCCGACCAGACUGUUGUACAUUACAAAUGUAACUCAGGCUUCGAUAAGCGUGGAACCAUGUCGUACGCCAAGUGCGUUGACGGAGAAUGGACGUCAGCCGACGUCAUUUGCGUUGAUAGGACAACGAUAACGCCGGAGAAAAAAGAGAAUGAAGAAAUAACUACUAAAAAUAAUGUUCGCAUCCCAAUGACUACCGUCAAGACGAUACCAUUGUGUACAGAACCAGAUAUCCCUCACGGCAAGCUCGUGAAGGACGUCACUUCCGAUUAUUAUGACGUCAUAUGUAACGUAGGCUACAAAGCAAGAUCACUGGGACGUGUCAGGUGCGUGGGGGGGAUUUGGAGCAUGCCGAUACCACAGUGUGACAUACUGCGCUGCCCACAGUUGAGUGCCAAUUUCACAGUAUAUCAAUCAACCCAUGGGUUGGCGGUGAAGAUAAAUUGCGGCGACGACGCUUAUCCCACACUCGGAGUUGAAAGGGCGUGGUGUAUCGAGGGAAGAUGGUUGCCGAUGGAACCGAUCUGCAAAAUGUAUUGCGCCCGGCCGGCGUUUGUGCAUCUCAAGGAUGUAGUUACACAACUUCCGGUUCCGGAACUCGUAAUGGACGGGGUCAAGGCCACACAGACUUGCGCGGACGGAAGUACCCUGAUUAACUAUUGCGUCGAUGGAAGGUGGCUGAAUGGUUUCCUACCAUGUCUGUGAAGUGACUUACUACCGUACGACGAUGUUGCCGUUGAUGGAAUCCGGGAUAUUUAGUUUCAACUUAUAUCUGAAAUGUUGGAUUCAUUCGAGUCUAAAUAACUACAAUGGUUUAACAUUUUAGAGUGGGAUUACAAUUUUACUUAAUCCUGUUGUUUUAAACAUAAGGAAUCUCAUUUGUAUAUACAUUUUAGACCCAGAUGCUUCUAAAAAGUAAAAUGUGAUAUGUCCUCAGUUAAUCUGAGACUAGUGUGAAAUGCACGAAAUGAAAUUUCGAACUGUUUUCCAACUCAGUCAUCGCAUUUGCAGAUUUUGGUUUUUUGCUCGUUUGUUAUAUGAAAUGCAAAAGGAAAUAUAUCUUAAAUGUAUCGGAGACUAGUUUGAUGCCAUGGAACCGAAAACUCGAAAUUUAAAUUAACGAACACUUCGAAUUUAUGAUUUGAUACAAGAACACACUGUAUUCAUUAGGCAGUCACCUUAUGAAAAUUAUGUAUGUUCUGCAUUCUGAUUGCAGUUACAUCAACAAAAAGGGACAAAUAUACGUUUGUAUGGUGAGAUUUUUGUGGCAUAGCCAUUGUUUCAAAAGGAUAAAGAGUUCGCGACUAUAAUUCAAAACAAUAUAAAUUGUCGCGUGUUGCAUAUAUUAUGUAUAACCUUGCAUAUAUUUUAUAUGUAAAGUUUGUGAUAAAAGCUUUUAUAAAUGCAAUC